GAAGCGUUCGUCUCUUUCUCUCUCUCCUUCCCUUCCCGUGUGUCGCUCCGCCCACUUACGAGAAGCAGGAUCGGAACGGGUCUGAAGCGGUGGCGCGUUGCUCAGUGUGCGGGGCUGCAGGCUAGAGGGCGGGUGGCAAGGUGCGUUGCGCGAGUGUUGGUGACAGGGAAAACGAGACACAGAAGACUGGAAACGUGCUGCGGACUGUCAAGCGAGCACGUUCUCUCUGUCAUCUCCCUUACUACACGUGUUUCUGAAUUGCAAACGUGUAGGUGAGAUAAAAAAAACACACCUGCUAUUAAUCUCACGUGCAGAUAUAGACUCACGAAAGAAUCUGAGGUGUUUUGUUAAGUGUAGUGUUGAGGUAGUUAUCUCUCAAAGCGAUCAAUUACCAUCAAGAAAUAUCUUCCCAUGCUUUAACUGCCCAUUGAGACAAAUUUAAGAGUGACUAAAAAAAAAAAAAUCUGCUGUCAAACUCCGGGAUUACUGAGGGCGUCUUAGAGGUCUAUUUGUUUACUGAAUAACGAGGAGGCAGUGAAUGGACCGCACUGGCUGCCAGGAGUGUAUUGCUAGACCUACCCCUGUGAAUUCCGGGCCCUCUAGACUCGAAAGCAGGAACCUACAUAGCACUCCUGUCUGAACGAACUGGUGGACGAAUCAUAUUGUUGGACUCUUCUGUGUAUUCCUGGCCUUCUACACUCGAAAACAGGAACCUACACAACCAGCACUCUUGUCUGUCAUACUGCUGGACCAUUUUGUCUGCAUCCCUGGUCCUCCACACUCGAAAACAGGAACCUAUACGCGGGUUUCUUGUGUGAACUGACCAGCAAACCAAUCAGCAGAGUUCCCUCGCGCCGCUGAGCUCCAAGAAAGAAAGUGAACUACUCUCAACGCAAGGCUCAAAUUAUCUGGAGGCGAGAUGUCCAUACUGCUGGUGGCGGCGUGGGCGUGUCUGGCAGUGAUCGCGGCCACGGCAGAGGACACACUUCACCCACAGCCAACGCCACUACCGCUGCUCCUGGCUCAAGGGCGCGGCGAGCCUCACUACAUCCUGGCAGAGACACUCAACCCGGAGCUUCUCGGGAACAGCGUGAAGGAUCUUGGUGUUUCUGAGGAGAUUAGUGAAGGAGGCGCUGAAGGGGAUGUUCCUGUGCCGGUUAGCCCAAGCGUUCCUCAUGCUCCCAGUGAAGCGACCCUACCGCACCUCAUGUCUUCUGGUCUCACAGAGGAAGAAGGAGCAAUGAAUCCUAUGCUGUGGAGUCCGUCACAACAGAGGAAGCUGCAUCCCGCCGCCACGCCCCGCCACUCGGACUCCACGCAGGCACACAAGCGGCAGAAACGAUACACUCUUAAAUACAAGAUCAGGUCCAUCGCGGUGCCUCUCAGCGUGUUUAACUUCCUGGGUUUCCUGCCUGUACGCGUGCCUGGCCUGCCCUACCACAACGACCUGCCCUCCCCGGACUACUCCCGCUACGAGACCAAGUACGACGUGUACGUUCCCAGGUACAGAAGACGGAAGACUUUCAGGAGGUUCUAAAAGGUGCUUUGCCAAGUGUGUUUCAACAGAAGAUUGCUGGAUUUUCGUUUCUGGGUCACGGAGGCAGUACCAUAGAUCUGGACGACUCCCCGCGCAGGACCACGCGAGGAUUGCAAACCCUAACAGUUCACGUAUGUAAUGCCACGACGCGGUACUCCCCAGUCAAGCACGCCUGGCCAACGUCCGCAGCAAAAAAUAAGGCGCUUUCAACUCGUCGGUUUACUCAACUUUCACUCGAUAAAAAGGCGAUGCAAAACAAGAGUGCCGGUGUGGUGGUCUGCUGGUGGCGUUCUCUCAUGUGCCAAAGAAACACUGAAGAAUCAUAAACAAAAAAACUCAACCUUUCAAAUCAGAAACGCAAAAGUUGAUGCGGUGAGCAAUAUUUUCCACGGAGAAGCUAAACAGAAUCACAAAAAACAUACCUUACAGUACAGAAGUAACAUAAAUCUUACGGCUUCACUUUCCCUAAACAAAAGGUAGAUGUGUAAGGAAUCCCUAGAAAGGCUUCAUCUUGGGUAACAUUUUCCGCAGAGAAACUAAACAGAACUACAAAAAAAAAAAAAAGACCUUUACACUAUAGAAGAAAACAAGAACCUUACGGCUUUUCUUCCCCUAAACAAAAAGCAGACAGGCAAGGAAUCUUCAGGAAAGUUUUGUCGGUGGAUAUAUAUUUUUUUUUCCGCAGAAGCCAAACACAAUAAAAAAAAAAUGACUAUACUACAGAAUAAAAACAAGAAUCUUACGGCCUCGCUUCCCUAAACAAGAGACAGAGUGGCAAGGAAUCCCCAGAAAGGUUUUGUCACAUUUUCACACAAAGUUGCCGAGCGGAACAUCCCUGAGACUAGAAUCUGUCGACGACCAAGUCUCUUUAUGUCUAUUGUCCCAUUCCUUGACGAACGAGCUACCGAAUACACAGCGACACCUCUCUUCACCCUUCAGCACUCCAGCAGGAUGAUCGACUCAGCGUGCAGUGCGUGGAGUGGUAUGUAUCAUAGUUCUGGAUUCUGAAACUUUCGCACCACACCACUACAUUCAAAAGGCUAUAGGUGAAGUGACACGGGUUUUUAAGGGUGUUUUUUUAUGGUUCUAGUGAGAGAUGAACAACAUUUCUACAUUACUAACAGGAGAAACUCUCUUGAGAACCCGACUGAUUACCUCUGUGGCCUUUGACAAUAGACGUGGUGAGAGAGCAAAGCGUUUCAGAAUACGGGCCAUGGACGUGAGUGGGUGACAAGUGCUCUCCUCCAGCUCCCCAGAGAGUUAUUACUUAAGGAAGAGCUCAUUUGCCUUUACGAUGCCGAUUAGUACGCGAGGAGUCUUGAGUUCUGUUGAUGGAUAGUUUCUCAGGCCUCGUAUCAUAAGGUUUGUUCUGGAUGGUGCUUCUAAGUAUAAUAAUAAAGAUUAAGCAAAGUU